AGAGAAGUGGCCAGAGAGGCCCAGGGGACAGUUAGGGACAGGCAGACAUGCGGCCGGGGCCCCAGGGCAUGGUCAGGGGCUGCCAGGCCCCGUGACGGGAGGACCCCAAACCCCCGGCCCGGGGAGGGGGCCAUGGUGCGUGCUGGCCGACAUGUCAGCCGAGGUACGGCUGAGGCAGCUCCAGCAACUGGUGCUGGACCCCAGCUUCCUGGGGCUGGAGCCCCUGCUCGACCUUCUCCUGGGCGUCCACCAGGAGCUGGGCGCCUCCGACCUGGCCCAGGACAAGUACGUGGUCGACUUCUUGCAGUGGGCGGAGCCCAUCGCGGCGAGGCUUAAGGAAGUCCGACUGCAGAGGGAUGACUUCGAGAUUUUGAAGGUGAUCGGACGCGGGGCGUUCAGCGAGGUAGCGGUGGUGAAGAUGAAGCAGACGGGCCAGGUGUACGCCAUGAAGAUCAUGAAUAAGUGGGACAUGCUGAAGAGAGGCGAGGUGUCAUGUUUUCGUGAAGAGAGGGAUGUGCUGGUGAACGGAGACCGGCGCUGGAUCACGCAGCUUCACUUCGCCUUCCAGGACGAGAACUACCUGUACCUGGUUAUGGAGUACUACGUGGGCGGGGACCUGCUAACACUGCUGAGCAAGUUUGGGGAGCGGAUCCCGGUCGAGAUGGCGCGCUUUUACCUGGCUGAGAUUGUUAUGGCCAUAGACUCGGUGCACCGGCUGGGCUACGUGCACAGAGACAUCAAGCCGGACAACAUUCUGCUGGACCGCUGCGGCCACAUCCGCUUGGCCGACUUCGGCUCCUGCCUGAAAAUGCAGGAGGACGGAACGGUGCAGUCGCUGGUGGCCGUGGGCACCCCGGACUAUCUGUCCCCCGAGAUCCUGCAGGCCGUGGGCGGUGGGCCUGGAACUGGUAGCUACGGACCGGAGUGUGACUGGUGGGCGUUGGGCGUGUUCGCAUAUGAAAUGUUCUACGGGCAGACGCCCUUCUACGCUGACUCCACGGCUGAGACAUAUGGCAAGAUUGUCCACUACAAGGAGCACCUGUCCCUGCCACUGACAGACUCAGGGAUCCCCGAGGAGGCUCGAGAUCUCAUCCAGAGGCUGUUGUGUCCCCGGGAGGCACGGCUGGGCCAGGAUGGAGCAGGCGACUUCCGGGAGCAUCCUUUCUUUUUUGGUCUUGACUGGGAUGGACUCCGGGACAGCGUGCCCCCCUUUACACCAGACUUUGAGGGCGCUACGGACACGUGCAACUUCGACGUGGUGGAGGAUGGGCUCACUACCAUGGUGAGCGGGGGCGGGGAGACGCUGUCAGACAUUCGGGAGGGUUUGCCGCUGGGGAUCCACCUGCCUUUCGUGGGCUACUCCUACGCCUGCAUGGCCCUCAGAGAUGAUGAAGGCCCAGGCCCCACACCCAUGGAGCUGGAGGCCCAGCCGUUGCCCGAGCCACACGUGCAAGCUCCCAGCCUGGAGCCCAUGGCUCCCCCACCAGAGGAAACAGCGGAAGUGGCAGUUUCGGAGGCGAUCUUCCAGGUGGAUGAGGCCGAGGUGACGCUGCGGGAGCUCCAGGAGGCCCUGGAGGAGGAGGUGCUGUCCCGGCAGAGCCUGAGCCAGGAGCUGGAGGCCAUCCGCACGGCUAACCAGAACUUCGCCAGUCAGCUACGCGAGGCCGAGGCCCGGAACCGAGACCUGGAGGCGCACGUCCGGCAGCUACAGGAGCGGAUGGAGGAGCUGCAGGCAGAGGGAGCUGCAGCUGUCACGGGGGUCCCCAGUCCCCGGGCCACGGAUCCACCUUCCCAUCUAGAUGGCCCCCCGGCCGUGGCUCUGGGCCAGUGCCCGCUGGUGGGGCCAGGCCCCCUGCACCGCCACCACCUGCUGCUCCCUGCCAGGGUCCAUAGGCCUGGCUUAUCGGAGGCGCGUUCCCUGCUCGUGCUCGCCGCUGCUCUGGCUGGUGCCGCCGCCGUGGGCGGCACUGGGUUGGUGGCCCGCGCCAGCCAUCUCGCCCCGGCCAGGCACCGCCCCGGAGCCACCUUCGCCCCCUGAACCCUAGAACCCCAGCCUGUUCUCGACUCGGGCCCCGCUGGAUGGUUGGGUGACCCGGGCACGGCCCAGAAGCCGCUCCCUCCGCCUCCCCGCGCACAUCAAUCCGGGCGCGGGUCCCCGCCCCAGCGCCAACCCUGUGAUCCGGACCUGCCCCCUGGCGGCCGGGGAGGGAGGAGCCGGGUCCGCGGCCGAAGAAUGGGGCUCCCCGGGAGGUAGUGGUCAGGAAUAUUCCUGCUGCUGUGAGGCAUCGCGGACCACCUCCUUCCUCCGGCCGGGCUGAGGACCCGACGUGGAUGGAAAACUGCGGUGCAGGGAAGGCAGCAGGGCCGGGGCUCGGCCAGCCGUUCUUCACUCUCCACGCACCCCCCACCCACCAUCGGCUCGCAAACCACUCUGUGCACCAGGCCCUACUCUCCCGGGAACGUGCUAUUCCAGCGGCGACUUCGGCGCCCGAUGCGAGCUCCGCUCGCUGUCUUGGGACCCUUUUGCUUUUGCCGGCCCCGCUUUGUCAGGGACUCCUGCGGCCCCUCACGUGCGCUGCUCUCCGAGCCAAGGCCGGCUCCGCCCGCUCGGCGGUUUGGGUAUUUAUUGACCUUGUCCUCCAAUCCGCCGACAGGCUCCAGGACCCCAGCACCCUAACCCACGGUUUGGAUGCACUGAGACCCCCUACAUUCCUCGGUAUUUAUUGUCUCUCCCCACCUAGGCCCCCACCCCCGACCCUCGCAAAUAAAAGGCCCUCUCUUCUGUCCAAAGCGCCGAACUUCACAGCGUCCGUUCAGUUUGCGUUGUGGGAGGGAGGCUGCUCAGCGAGCCAGUCAGAAGGAGGAUGGGGCCGGCCAAUGGCCUGGCCGGGAGCUAGCGGGACGACAAGCGGACGAAUCAGGCUUGGGUGGAGGAAAAGCUGAGGGGCGGGGCUGCAGUAUCCGGCCAAUAGGAGAGAGCGAGCGGGCCCACCGCCCACCGUGCAGCUGUGGCCCAGCUGUGCUACGCCUGGUUUUCUGCGCUGGGAGGAAGGGGGCUGGGCCGGCAGCGCGCGGGCCACCCUUUACACUGCGCCUGCGCGGGCCACGCGAAUCCGCGCCAGGACGCAGGCUCGCGAAAAGUUGCUGCAAACUUUCUCGCCCCCUUCCCUCGCCCCUCCUCCCAGCCAGACCCGCCCCCCUGUGGAGCCGGGAAUUCCGAGGGGCGGAGCGCAGGCUGAGAUGGGGAGCGGGGGGCCUCCCGAGGACCCCGGAGACGGAGGCGUGCUGGAGCUUAAGCUCGGGGCGGAGGUGGCUUCGCGCCCUUAGUCCUCCCGGACGGCCCGUUACCCUCUCCGUUGUCCCGAUGGGGAAAUUAAGGCCCUGAGCCAGAGGAACACGCGGGGGGAGGCAAAAAGCGCGGCCAGAGGCGGAGGGAAAACAAAGAAUCACGGACAAACGGGGAGGGGACGGACACACACAGACGUAGGGACAGAGACCCGAGUAGGAGAGUUGGCCCGGCACUGGGCGAGGGGCGCGGGGACGGCCGGAGGAGAAGAUCGGGAAGCGCGAA